AUGGGCCGACGAAGAAGCGCACAGAAGAGAGAGAGGAUGGAGGCCGAGAUGGAGACGGGGAGGCCAGAGAUGCUCGAAGCGAAGACGCAUCGCCCUCCGGAGCGAUGCCCCUGUGCAAGAAAGAGAAGCUCCAAACCCGUCUUCCCUGGCAAGAGUGACUACCUACACUCUAUAUGUGAUGUUGGACAUACUCGCAAGAUGGCCAUCCUCUACCUACUAACACAGGCUGCUGAGCAUCUCGACAGCGACUACUAA